UAUUUAGCAGUUAACUGAAGGGGCACCUGUGUGUUCUAGAGACGUUCAUUAGCAUUAGCAUGGCAGCAUUCGCGCCAUUCAGUUGUUUUGGCUAUUGUCCCCCGCCCACCAUUUUGAAGAAAAUCGAACUAAUCCACACGCAACACAAGAGUAACAGGUAGUCAAGAUUCAAGUCCGGUAAGAAUAGGUGAUGGAGCCUUGCGAAAGUGCAUUCAAAUAUGAGCUGCUUACUGAGAUUGGACAGGGCGCGUACAGCCAGGUGUACUUGGCCAGGGAGGAGGGAGUGAGAGGGCGUUUCCUGGCGGUGAAGAAAUUCCACUUCUGCAGCAACUCGGCGUUGGGCGGCGCCCCUGGCGUCCCUCCCUUCGUGCUGCGUGAGGUGGCGUUGCUGUUAAAAUUGAGAUUCUUCGAACACGUCAACAUUGUCAAGUUGUUGGAUGUGACAGCCAUGCUGGCUAACAUGACAUUGGACCUCACAGUGGUGUUGGAGUAUAUUCAGCAAGACCUGUAUACAUACCUGUCUAGAGCACCUCCGUCUGGACUUCAACCGGACAACAUUAAGUCCGUGAUAAUGCAAGUGUUGCGCGGCCUGGACUUCAUGCAUGUCAAUAUGGUGGUGCACCGUGACCUCAAGCCAGACAACAUCCUGAUCAGCAGCGGCGGCAUCGUCAAGAUCGCCGACUUUGGCCUGGCUCGCUUGUACAGCUUCAACAUGGCCCUCACGCCAGGCGUUGUCACACUGUGGUACAGAGCUCCAGAAGUACUGCUUAACUCCGUUUACCUGUCAUCUGUGGACGUGUGGAGCGCAGGAUGCAUCUUUGCUGAGCUCUUCCAGCUCAAGCCGCUCUUCGGAGGGUUUACUGAGGCACAGCAGCUGAAAAUGAUCUUUGAGUUCAUUGGUUUGCCCGGAGAUGACGAGUGGCCCCCGAACAGCCCCAUCAGUUACUCUCUCUCCCUCGGCCCCAAGGACCCCCAUCACCCACUGCUGUCAAGCCUGAAUCCGAAGGAGAGAGACCUUCUUCUGCAAUGUUUGACCUUCACACCGAGCAGACGCAUCUCGGCCGCAGGUGCACUGGCUCACCCCUUCUUCAGCUGCCACUGAAUGAAAGUAUUUCAUUUUUUGCACAACCGUUUGUUGCUUACAAAUGUAUUCUGAGCACCAUCAAAUUUGCUCUUUUUGUCACAUGUUGAACAGGCAGCACUUUUUUUUCUACAAUACUUGUUCACAACAUUUCAUGUUGUAUGCAUUAGCACUGAAAAACAUUAAAGGAAACCAUUUUG